CCCUGUCGUUGAGGCGCGCCCUUGUUCUGACAUCAACCGCGUCUGAUUGAACUCUCCCACUUCACGAAGACUUUCAUCUUCGUCAGACUACAAGACAAACACGUCUCUCUCCACUGAUUGUCUUGUGUUUGGACCUCACCCUAAACUCCAGCGCCGAAGACAUCGAGUGGCAAAUCUCAAAAGCGCUUCAAACCUAGGACGAGGACAUGAUGACGGCCACCACAACCUCCAAAACUACCACAACCAAAACCACCACCACCACAACCACCAAGCCCACCCACCCCUCCAAAACCAUGACCCCCUCCAAGCUGUCCAAAACCCCCCUCCCGCCGCCCCUCCUCGCCUCAGCGCGUGGCACCCCCUUCGAGCGGGCCGUGUGGCAACUCACCUACCAAAUCCCCGCAGGCUGCUUCAGCACAUACGCACUGCUAGCAGCACACCUCAAGUCGUCCCCGCGGGCCGUCGGCAACGCGCUGCGGCGCAACCCCUUCGCGCCCGAGAUCCCCUGCCACCGGGUAAUAGCCACAGGCGGCACGCUGGGCGGGUUCAAGGGCAAGAUUGGGCGGCGCGACGGGGAGGGCAUCACGCUGGCCGAGAAGCGGGCGCUGCUCCGCAAGGAGGGCGUCAAGCUGGAGGGGGACGCCGACAAGGUGCGGGUGUUGGGGACGGCGUUUCGGGGGUUCGUCUGAUUCCUUGUGUGUUCUUGUUCUUCUUUUGCUGUGGCUACGCAAGGUUGGUUGUGGGUUGGGGGUCGCUCUUCGUUUACUCAGGCUUGGUUCAAUGGGGGGGCGGGGAUAGGCGUUGGUUGGGUUAGGUUGGACGUUACGUUUAUUGAUUGAGAGGGUUGAGCGUGGUUGCAUUACGUUGGUUGGUGCUUUGGUUAGUAAAGAACAAAUGGGCGGUACAAUCAUGGAGAGUCGUCGUGGAUGCCGUGAUCGUCGUGAUCCAAGCUCUAGUAGAACAGCAGGAUACAUAAUUUCACCACCAGAAAAAAGGACCGAGUUGGCCACGAUAUUAUCAAUUGGCCCCCAAUGAUACUUCCCGUAGCCCCCGGUUGACCCGCGCAC